AUGCUGGGACAACACGUCUUUGUAGAGUCAUUCUUGUUCUUUAGUAUGGUCUUCUCACACUCGACAAUGCCUGAGAGUUCACAAGAUGCUGAAGUAAUAAGAGCAUUAGAGAAAAACACGACCACCUGCGUCAGUCUUGGUAUGGCCACAAACCUCUCGUGGAGUGUACACUGUACCACUACUGCACCCCCUACACAAUUACUAGUAAGUUUACCCUCCAACAGGUCCCUAGAGAAUGACAUGAAAGAGUUGCUGAACAGAAGUCCUGAGACAGUGAACAUAUCAACCAGAUCCAGAGUUCGGUUUUGCAAUGUUCCGGAUGAUGAUGAACAAAUGAAUAACACCAGCACCACCAGCAGGAGGGUCCGUCGUUACUCCCUGCACGGGAAGAAAUGGGAAAAAACUGAACUUACUUGGACAUUACGAACUCCGAGCAGACGCAUCGACCGCUUGCCGGAGGGGGUCAUUAGACAGCAACUUUAUGCUGCCAUGAAGGUCUGGGAACGUGAAUCAGCCAUCACCUUCAAGGAGGUCCACAAGGACACACCCGAAGUGGAUAUCUAUAUCGAUUUUCUCGAAGGCGAUCACAAAGACGGUUACAAAUUCGAUGGCCCAGGAGGCACCUUAGCUCACGCUUUCUACCCGGGGCAAGGACAAGGCGGGGACAUGCACUUUGACGAUGCAGAAAACUUUGUCGCUCAUUACCAGGUGAAGAAAUAUGAGAGUAACAGCUUGCUAGUGACGGCGGCGCACGAGCUGGGUCACUCCCUGGGACUCCGACACUCAGAAGUUGCGACAGCCCUCAUGGCUCCUUUCUAUCAGGAGUACCCUGAAGACUUCAAACUUCCCAACGAUGACAGGUACGGAAUUCAGGCCCUGUAUGGUAGACCACAGACUGUAACCACUGUAACCACUAGACCUCCAGCUACUACCUCUAGUCCUGCAACCACUCCCUACAAACCUCCAGUCACUCCAUAUGGACCUUCAACCACUCCAACUACUUUCAAACCUCCUACUACUAAGAGACCUCCAACAACAACUCAAAGACCUACAUACAGACCUCCACCCAUUCCCCCCACCAAACCUGUCUUUCGUCCGACGACCAAGGCACCAAUUCCACCUACAACCACCCCAUUCCCGGAUAUCACCAGCACACCCACACCAUUGCCCUGUCCUGCUGUGCCUCCGCCAAUAGACCUUCCUGAUACAUGUAACACUGACUUUGAUGCUGUGACAAGGUACCAUGAAGAGUUUUAUUUUUUCAAGGGCAAGUUCUAUUGGCGUGUAAGCAAACGGGGCCACCUCCACUCAAACGAAUUUCCAAACCAGAUAUGGUACAGGUUUUCUGGUCUGCCCAGAGACUUGAAACACAUCGACGCUGUUUACAUCUCCCGCAAAGAUACCUUUGUAUUUUUCAGCGGCUCGAUGUAUUAUGAAUUAGGAUCUACUUAUCGUAUACAGAACACAGGAAAGCUAGUCGACCUGGGAGUGAAUGCAAGUCAUCUGGACGCAGCCAUGGUGUGGGGCCACAACGGCAGAAUUUAUAUGUUCAGCGGGGAUCACUACUGGCGUCUUGACAGGGAUGGUCAUGCUGAGCCCGAUUACCCAAGAGACAUAGCAGUAUGGCGAGGUCUGCCACGGAACUAUUCUGCCGCCUUCACUGUUCGUACAGUUACCUAUUUCGUUGCCGGCCGUGUCUUCUGGAGCUUCGACAACCUCAAAAUGAAAAUAUUAGAGCCUCCAUCACUGAUCGCACCUUACUGGCUCAGCUGCCCACACCACAACCCUCAGAAGCUUUUCCGCUGUUCCCCAGCUUCUGUAGCAGGCACUCUUUCAAGCGUUUCCUCCUCCCUCCACGUUCACACUUUUCUCAGGCUGACUGUCUUGUGUGUGAUCUUAAGAUAUCUAGCUGUGUUGUGCCUACAGUAG